UUUGCGUUCUUCGUACAUCUGCCGGCGCCAACCAGCAGUUCAUUUAUAGACGUAGAAGUGUCCGCAUGAAUACCGCGAAACAGUGUCACAGUUUCACAAUUUAAAAAAAAUUAAAAAAGAAAAAAAUGAACAUUCUAAUUUCAAAAUUGAUGUGGCAGAAUGGAACACGAAUCAAUCAAUACGUUUUCGCCAUUAUCAUUACAAUACCGCUGCUCAGCUUUGGCAUGGUGCAAGGCUGGUUAUCCCCCAUGAUCUCGGUCCUCCAGUCCCCACAGGGACCGGCCCCUGUGCCGUUUACCACCACGGACAUAUCCUGGAUGACAUCUGUCACGUAUAUAACUGCUAUAAUCGUCGGGGCCCCUAUGGGACAUCUCACGGACCGGUACGGGAGGAAGGCUAUGACGUUGAUCACUACGCUGUCUUUGAUUAUAUACUGGCAAAUAAAGCUGCUGUGCCUGCAACCCUGGGCCCUCAUCCUUGCUCGGGCUAUAGCUGGCAUACCCUGCUCUGCUUGCUACAUCGUCCUACCCAUCUAUUUGAAAGAAAUAAGCGACAUUGAUUUGAGAGGAGCUUUGGGAUCACUUCUUAUUUUAAACAGGAACAUCGGUUAUUUAGCAAGCUAUGUGUUCGCGGAUCUCCUUCAGGUGUCCACGAUGUUAUGGAUUGGAUUAUUAGUGCCAACUGUGGUGUUCUUUAUCUUCCUAAUCAUGCCAGAGACUCCAGAAUUCUUAGUGAAACAGGGUAAAGUCGAUGAAGCUAAAAACGUCCUAGCCUGGCUGCGAGGAGUAAAUAUUCUAGACCAAGGCUUGGAACAAGACAUAGACAACAUCGUUAAAGUCGAGAAACAAACCAAGGCUGAUCCUAAAUCUGUGUGGAAAAUUAUAUGGCAGGACAGACCAACCUUCAAAGCCUUCAUUAUAACCCUUGUAAUCAAAAUAACUCAACAAUUCGACGGUUACCUUAUAGUGCUUAUAUACGCUGGCUUCGUCACUGAAAGAGCAGCAGAGGCUAUUAGCCUAAAACUAAGUCCUAAUAAACAAGUGAUGCUAAUUGGAUUGGUUCAAUUAGUUGGGUCCAUUGUAGCCACUUGUAUUGUGGAAAGGACGGGGAGAAAGCUGUUACUAGUAUCAACAUCAUUCGCGGUAGGAGUGGGGAUGCUAGUCCUCUCUGGUUGGUUCUACGCGACGUCAGUCGGCACGUGGCUGCCGGGCUGGUUGCCCGUGGUGGCCAUGUGCGUGUGUAUAUUCGCUGAUGCUGCCGGUUUUCAGCCUAUUUCGUACAUUAUUAUUACUGAUUUGUUCACUUUUCAGUUACGUGGCACAGUCUCAUCAUUCGCGAACAUCUGCGCAAAGCUCAGCAACUUCGUGCAAAUGAAAUGGUUUACGAAACUAUGCGAACUUAUCAGCAUUCACUGGACCUUUUUGUUUUUCGCAGUCGUAUCUUUCUCAGCGUGCGUUUACACUGUCUUGCAGUUCCCAGAAACAAGGCAUAAAACUGUAGCGGAAAUAUAUGAAAAACUUGAAAAUAAAACUCAAAAGAAAGACGUUGAAAAUGACGUUGCAUAAAUUAGUGUUAUUGGUAAUUGGACUGUGAUGUGGACUUUAUUUUAGAAUUGACCCUUUGUAAAUAUUGAAUUGGGGUAAAAUGUAUUGUAAGAUUUUGAUUGUCAAUAGAAAUAAUGUUUUAGUUUUAGUUUCGUCGUAUCGAGCUGUGCUUGGUAUAAAAUGAGGUACUUAAAAAAUAUCCAGAAAAAUAAACAAAAUGUUCAACACUUCGUAGGAGACAAUGGAAUAUGUAGUAGCAUUUCUGUUUAAGACAAUAGUAUGAAAAAAAGCUGCUAUUUUCACUUUAAAAAUUUAUUAAGAAAAGAGUCAGUUUAUGAAUAAUAUUUUAUAGUUGAGCUUGUACAAUUAUAAAAUGAAAUAUGCGAAAUAAUUUGUGUUUGUUAUAGGGUAUCUAGGGCGUUACUCUGCACUAAAAGCCGUACAAAUUCCAGUGUGGGAAAGAGAUAGAACUAGCGGUCAUCUAGCGCUAUCACUUUCACAUUGGAAUUAGUAGGUAAGGUGCAUUGGGGUAAUUCCGGCCACGGGGUACAUACGUAUAAGUUUAAUUAAUACGUAACUAGUGAUAGAUUAAGCUAAUAACA